AAAUAACUCCUGGGAAUGGACUUCCGGGAUGCAGUGUACAGCGGUUCAUAUGUUUCGUGUGUUUCUAGUCGAAUAACAAACCCCACAACAUAACAGGCCUAUGAGGGCAGUGAUUUAAAGAUAGACAUUAUAUUUACAUACGUUAAUGGACGAGGCUUCAUCCCCAGUCGUUGGUAUUGUGAUUGCUGUCGUGUCCAGUUUUAUCAAUGGAUCCACGUUUGUACUACAAAAAAAGGGGAUACUGCGAGCCCGCAAAUCAGUUGUAUGUUACCACAGGUGGGACUUACCUGGCUGACUGUGUGUGGUGGUGUGGUACACUUGCAAUGAUCGUGGGACAAAUAGGAAAUUUUCUGGCAUACAAUGUUGCCCCUGCAGUUGUGGUCACUCCCCUUGGAGCCCUUGGUGUCCUAUUUGGGGCCAUUCUGGCAUCCUGGGUUCUUCAGGAGCAUCUCAAUCUCAUAGGGAAACUUGGCUGCGCUUUGUGUUGUUGUGGUUCAGUUGUGCUUAUCAUUCACUCACCCAAGUCUGAAAAUGUCACAUCAAGAGCAGAACUAGAGGAGAGACUGAUGGACCCAGUGUUCCUAGUCUACAUCUCACUGGUUGUCCUGUUACUGAUCAUACUGAUCGGGUGGCUUUCUCCAGCUCAUGGGAAAUCCAACAUUAUGGUGUACGUGGGCAUCUGUUCUCUCCUUGGAAGUUUCACUGUGCCAAGCAGCAAAGGUUUGGGACUGGCUGCUCAGGAGGCCUUUAGUGGAACACCUACAAGUGAUAGCAGAGCAUUUUACCUCUUCCUGGGGUUGUUGGGAAUUCUCAUAGUCAGUAUUCUGAUCCAGUUCACCUUUAUCAACAAAGCCUUGGAGACCUUCAGCUCUAACAUGUUUGAGGCCGUUUACUAUGUGACGUUCACCUCCUGUGUCAUUCUGGCCUCUGCGAUUCUCUUUAGGGAAUGGACAGCACUCAGCAUUGUGGACUGUUUGGGUAUCCUGUGCGGUUUCAUCACAGUAGCUGUUGGUGUUGCCUUAUUGCGCAUUUCUCAAGAAGCUAAACUUUCUUGGAGCCAAACCAAAGCUAAAAAGAACUAAAUCACAAGUGCAUAUAUUUUUUUUAUCAAUAACUGAGAGGGUUAGUUUCACAAACAUUGAUUGGAUAUGAUGUGUUAAGAGUAAUUAACCAUUGCAGAUCCAAAUAAGGGAGAGGUUGUAUAACAUUUUAUAUACUAAUUAUAUUAAAAAAUUAAUUGUAUUUUAAUAUUAUUAUGAAUCAGUAUUAACUUGUUGAUGAGUACUUGCUUUUAAUUACAAUAAAUUAUUGAUUGAUGUAAUGAACUGAUUAAUUUUUAGUGUACAUGUAAAUCGAAUAAAGUAGUUAAGUGCUUA